ACAGACUGCUUUCAUAGUCCACGAUUUGGCGAGUUCGAUAGGUUCGCACCUAGUCGCGCGACUGGUCACUCGGUCGCUCGCUCGAUAGGUCCGCGAUCGGUCGCUCGCCAAAUCGUGGACUAUGGAAGCAAAUUGAUAACUUCAUUAACAUUUCAGAAUGACCUCUUCAUCUUCCCACGACAAGUUGGCAAAGAAUACGUGGCGAUCCGUAGGAAACAUGGCAGUUUUGCUCAUCAUCAACUUGGACCAACUGGUCUUUAUACGAGUUGGUGUCUGGAGUCACGGCAUGAUAUCCUCUGGUCAUACAAUGCAGCUGAAAUGCGUGUUCAAGCCACAUCCGUGCAUUUGGCUACACCGAAAGAGGUGCUUGGUGACCGUAUGGACUCAUUGGCGUUUCUACGCUCUCCUGAAUGGACUGUACCAUCGGAGUCGCCCACACACUGCUCAUCAACCCAGUUGGGUAUCACCCUGCUGAGCUGCACGUACGCAGCUGCCACCAUCUCUAAGGGGAAGCUCGGGAAGGGUCUGGCCUAUCUUGGCCGAUCAGUUGUGUGUCGAUUCGAAUCAACCGGAGGAGGCUGGGGCUAUUCCGCUCACUCAAUAGAGGCGAUUCAAGUGAAAGCGAGUAAAGAUGUACGAUUACUGGGAAUUGGUCUGUAUGGUGGUCGUGGAGAGUACAUUGCAAAAAUCAAGCUAUUUCGAUUACCGAGCGAUAUUUCGGAUGAACAAUGCGCCGAGAUGCUGUCCGAGUCGGACGAAACACUGUACGAUUGUGGUCAGCGUGAAGCGGCUGCGUUGAUGUUAGCCCAGCCAGUGCUAAUGAAAGCAAAUCAUUGGCAUGUGGUCAGCGCCAAAAUAAGCGGUCCUUCAUCAGACUGUGGAGCGACGGGUCGUCGAGUAGUUGAAUGCGAUGAUGUUACGUUUACAUUUCGCAACUCGGCCAUCUCCAACAAUGGCACGGAUGUGAAUGUCGGACAAAUACCAGAGCUUUACUAUCAGGUAAGAAUGACGAAUGCUAACUCUCGACUGUUUUCGUCCACCUCGAUGGAUACCGUAUCCCCGAAUGCGUUUCUGGCGCUCCUACGUGUACUGGAUUGGGCUCUGACACGGGUUUUUGAGUCCCAUAGUGAAGUUGACCAGCGACUGUGGAAUACUGAAAGAGCAGCUGCUACCGCAAUGAUCGUUAUGCGAAUAUUAAGUCGCUACGUCUUGCUGGUCUAUCGUCCUGCUGGUGACACUGAAGAACCGUCGUCGUCCUUUGCGGAUACCGUAGUUCUUCUACAUUCGGCCCUUCUGACAAUGUUCGAUCGGUCCAGUGACUGUAUUCAGGAAGAGGUAGGAAGGAAUUGGGUAGAUGAGGCGAUUGGUCUGUUUGUCGGGAUCUCGUCAUGUUUCAUGCCAUCUCUUCAUCUUCUUCUCUGCCAUCUUGCCUUAGCCAUCUCGAGUCCAAUCGGUCACCCACUGAUUGCAGCAGUGAUUGGGAGCAUUCUGAUCGACGUCUUUCUCCACAGAACUGAUUUUGUGAGAUUUCCUCAGCUGUCGAAACAGCUAGCUGAACACUUCACUAUGGACAGUCAGAGGGUGGAAACCCUGACAGCGCUGCCGAAUAUCCUGCGAUUCCUUUACGAAAAGUCUUUCUAUGAGACAAACGACCCCUGGAAUGUCUCUAACACUGCUCAGGACAUUGUAGUAAAGCUAUCGAAAGAGCUGGCUAUCCCGGAUGUGCACAAGUCCCUUGCCAGAUAUUCAAGAUUCCGCCGACGAAGUGCAGUAUGUGCAUGGGACAUGUCUGAAGGUGCAACAGAUGCUAUUUGUAUACGAGUAGAUGGGGGACGAAUUGCACUUCGAGGUGUCGGUGUCUAUCUGCAUGCUGAACAAGUCAGGCGGUCAUGGCAUUGCGAGGUUUAUGUGCUUCAAUCCAUCACGAUGGCUACAGGAGUAACGUAUGCCAUCAAAGUGUGGACGCCGGAGAACGGGAAGACUUACUGUGGAGAAGGAGGAGUCAACUACAUUCGACUGAACAACGGCGCUCGUGUCACUUUCUCCUCGUGCGCACUCAGUGAAAAUGGUACUUCGCUACAGCGUGGACAGAUACCGUACUUCCUGUACUCAAUAGUGGAGACCGAAAAGUCAGAUAACACCGAAGUGAAAGAGGAGUCAUAUGUGAUGCUUCUACGUCUUUUGUCGAAUAAAAUCGGAGCGUUCCUCGUUAAUGGCCACAUUCCACAAUAUAAAUGUUCUUAUACCCUAUUGAUUGAAUCUGGGAUUGAUUCCGCUUUUAUCCUUCUCUACCUUGAAUUGUUUAUAUUGAUUCAGGUCACCUGCGUUCUCGAACAACUGAUACCGAUGGUAUCAAGUGUGAAUGGUACAAUGAAAGCGAGUACCCUUAGUGAGUCGUCCGAGCACGAUUCGGAGAUCUGUGAGGCAAAAACGGCUCAGGUCAUCGUCGAAAGUCCACACCCGUACAAGACGAACAACGUUCACUCGACGGUCGUCAGUUUUGAUGAAUCAGUGCAUUUCCUUUGCUUACAAUUCUCACCGUCAUGUGAAACAGCUCAAGCCGAUGAUCAGCUGCGAGUGUAUAUGGGAGUGAAUAAAGAGAGCUACGUCCCUGUCGGAAGGUAUUUCGGGUCGAAAGACUGGCCGACGACUCCACUUCUUCUACCAGGAAACUCACUGUGGUUCGUGUUGGAGACGACGGCGGAAGUCGACGGAGUGACAUCUGAACAGGUAAUGUCAUCAAACGCUCCUUUGAAAACCUUCGUAGAAACCUGUCGGAAUCAUCUAUUCCAGUUAUCCUCGGACGCAUCGUCAUUAGACCACCUGUCAACUGCCGAAGAUGACACAAGGAUACUGCUAGAAAAGCACGGGUCACUACUGAAGAAAGGUCUAAGCUUGACCCAUGCACCAACGUUGAAUGAGAUCAUCCAGAAAGGCUUACCGCAAUCGGCACAGUCAGCAGAUUUGGUAUUUCUUCGUGAAUUCCUUUCUGCCUGCGCAACAUCAACAGCAGGAUAUCUGGCAAGAUGGCUGCCCUCUGGACCAGUAGUAGAUCCAGCGCGAUGCCAACUUACCAUUGUUCAGACAGACAUGGUUGUCGGAAAGCCUAUAAAGGUACGCCUAACUACGAAAGAUCAGUUCGACCGUGAAGUGAUGUGCUCAUCGAUGUGUGUUGAAGUCUCGAUGACAGCUGGUGAUGCCUCCAUCUAUUCGUCAGCUCGUUUCGCAUCUGCUGCUCUUCCUUCGCUGGAAGUCAUCAAAAAAAAUCCUUUCCAACCGGUUCUGAUGAAUCGAUGUCGCUACAUGUCGAUAUCAGCAAUGCCUGCCUACACGAACUAUUCCUAUGAGGAGAUUCGACUUGGCUUCACCAAAGCAACUGUGGUACGGGAGAAAAUCAUUUUGAAACACAAGAAUAAUUGCACAUUCGAGGGCGAGUGGACGCCGUCUGUAGCUGGAAGCUAUCGCGUAGCAUGUCGGGUUGAUGGCUGUGAGCUAACGCACAAUUACCUUAUCGAGAACGUGAAACGUCGAGAACAUCGUGCAGCACAACUGAGCAGAGCAAGGAAGGCUACGAUCCCGGCAACUCUACCGUUUCAAGCAAUACGAAUGCGCCUGGGCACUUCGCUGACGGCACCUUGUGUUGGAACAAUACCGAGGGGUGGUAGUAUUGCAUACAUUGAAAAAAUCGAGAACGAAGACGGAAAAUGGCUGCGAUUGACGGACGAAACAGCAGUGCUCUAUGGCCACGGCAACGUUUCUGGGCAGGUGUGGUGCCUUGCAUAUCAUCAACACCUCCGCCGAGAGCUGAUACCGAUUGCCAGUGAUAUUGUGGAUAGACUGCCGGUAAGACGUCAGGAAGACCCACCAACGUUACAGGCUUCAUCCACCCAACAGAGUGUCAUCAUCGACGCAAACGAGACUUACAUAUUGGACGCCUCCCAGCGCAUUCAGUUGUACAGCCGGCCGUCUCCUGACGCCCUAAUCGAAGGAGCAUGGCUCGAAGGACGAACCGAACUGGAAGGAAGUGGAUGGGUAUCGAAUCAGCAUGGCGUUUGGGUCCGAGUAAAUUCUAUUGGUCGAAGCUCGAUUCAAUCUCAGUCGCUGUCAAUAAAUGGUAACGAGGAAGAAGAACGAUCACCCUCCACCUCAAUGGCGUCAGCUUUGCGCCCGUCCGUAGUCGAAUGUUGUCGCGCCGUGUUUGCAGCCUUUCUAUGGCAUGAACAUUUGGUAAAGGAUGCUAUGGCUGCUGCCGCUUACCUGAGAUUUCACCAACAUUUGCAAAAUCUAUGGAACCACUCCGAUGUACGGGAAUCAGCGGCUCCAGCUGCUCUUCAACCUAUCGUUCGUCUUUGGAUCGAAGUUUGUGCUGCCGUCAGAACAAGCGUCGAACAACACCUUAUCGUGCCACCAGCUGGAGGCAAAGCAUUUGGAACUGUGACAAGAAAACGGGAGGCAUCCGGCGGUGGUUGUGAGCUGUGCGAUUGUACAUUCAAGGUUCCGGUGACAAUGCACAUGCGAAUGAAUCAUCCAGGAUGUGGUCAGGAUGCUCAGGGCUAUGGCUACAACUCUUCGGGGAAAUUCACUUCGGGUUGGUCUGGAGAUUGUGGAAGUGGAGGAAGAGCAGCGUCAACCUGGUAUCUUCUUUGUCCGGCAUGUCGUGCGCAGUACUUACGAAAAACACCAGCAGGACAUCGGCAAGAGCGAACUCGUCGAUGGAGGGAAUUUCGUUUGUCUACGAACGCCUUCGAUUCACGACCUGAGAUCAUUAUGAGACAGAAUGCAUCAUCAACGGCAACAUCCGGAUGGACAAUAAAUCUGUUCCCAACACAAACCCCUAGUCCGUCAGUGAUGGGCAGAAGUGGUCCUAUUGGAAAGAAAGUGCUUCAGGUUGAUUCCGCUCUCUUUGCACGGUCUUCGUUUCUGUCGCAGUCGCUGAGCAAAACUGGUCACGCUUCCGACCCUGGUCCUAAAGCUUUACCGACAUCUCCACCGGCUGCGCCAAUCCAGUCAAUGGCUAUUGAUGGAACUCGAAGUGACGAGGGCGAUACUAGAGAGGUCGGUGUUUCUAGAAAUAUCCGAGAACCAGAAGUACUGCAAUCACCGUCAGCCGCGUUAAGAACCCUGAUCUCGCAUCACACUCCAAGCACCUCUGAAAUGCUCAAACGGCCUGUACUAGCAUUCGUUGUCGAGCAUCACGAUUUGAAAAGACUUCGAGCUGCAUGCGAGCAGUCGAUUAUACGAGCGAUUGGGUUUUCACAUGCUUUUCGGGUUUGGAAUUGGUUACUCCGUUUAGUUUCGUCAGAGACCAGUGUCUCCGACAUCAUCCUACAGUACCUCACAGCGCUUUCAUCGUACAGUUCUUUGUCCGAAAUAGUAUCUCCACAAGUGGUGCGAGUGCUUCCACAUCCCUGGAGAUUAUGCUUCCUGGCUGGGCCGUUGGCAGCAAAAAUGGUUCAACAUCUCCACGCAUUUCUCUACACCAUUGCUGUCAUACUGCAGUCGUCCGGGGUCGACGGUCGUCUUCGUUCGCUAUGCUUCAAAGCGUGGACCAUUCAGCUGACAGCUCAUGAACAGGAACUGCUCAUUCUCACGUGUAACAUCCUUGGAACGGUCGGUGUUUCUGAAAAUUGGAUAACAGAUUCAGCAGACCGCUCUCACACCGAAAUGCGGGAUGUAACAAGUCAUGCUCGAAUAGAAGCCAGUUCACGGCAGGCAAUGGUGGUUUGUCUGACGGACGGAAGCCCUGAAACCUUCUGGGAAAGCGGUGAUGAAGAUAAAAGUCGUUCUCGUACGUUGAAUGUGACAUUUGAUGGCUGUUCACCGAUUCUUCUCUGCCUCUUCAUCGACAAUUCACGCGACGAAGCUUGCCGUACUUCGCAAAUCGCCUUCCGUGCUGCGACAUCCGACGGAUCGCGACGAGAUUUGAUGUUGAAGAAUCUCGAUCAGAAUUUCUGCGGUUGGGUGAAGUGUUGCGUGGCCAAUGUAUCUCAUGUCAAUGUAUCUCUGAAGGGACCUCACAAUGCGUCCAGAGUGCGGCAGCUGCAACUAUUGGGUUUCUUGCCGGAUAGCAAUGGAGAGGUAAUACGGCCGUCAGCAUCUCAUCAGCUAUUCUUCAACAACACUCAGCACGAUGCAUUCGCGUUGUUUCAAGCCAUUUCUGCUCAGGCGUUCUCAGGCGACAGUUGCGAACAGCAAGAUGCGUUGCGUGAACGUGUUGUCGAUUUGCUUUUCAGUCGCGUUACACUGCAACCGCUUCAGAAUUACGUUUGUACACAAGUUGAAGCGGCAUUGGAGAGAGAAGUCGAGCGAUUAUGCAGCCAAGGGAAAAGGAACUACUCUUAUGCUGUCGGCUUACUGGCUAUGGCAAAUCGCAUGUGCGAAACUCGAGGAAUAGGCAAUGGUGACGCUGACGUCGCCGCGAGACGUCAAGUACUCCUGGCUGCCAGUCGGUUACUGGCAUUCGCUCCAGAGGCCGUCCAAACCCAGUGUUUGUCAUCUUUGUGCAGUCUUUUGCCCACAGCUCAUCCAUCAACAGUCGAUGUUUCGCGUCUUCUGAAGCAUCUACUGGUACCAGUAGCUAAAGCACUAGUACUCCAAGUCAGGGAUAAAGCGGCUCAUUCGGUCACCACGACUUGCCUAUCCAAUGCUCCACAAAGCUGGCGUACUGAUCGCCCAGUGUCGCCUGAAAUUGGCAAAAUGACGGCACAAUUCAUCAAUGACGUCUGCUCUGGCAACUUCAACGAUGACUGGUCGGUAUGUAUGCGACGGGAAUUGGCCACGGUACUGUUGGGUGUCGUGCAGUUGACGACAUCGCUGUCGAAGUCAGCCUCUCUCGAGAGCAUGAGCAAAGAGCCAGUUCACUCCAUACUGAAUUCCAAGAGGUUCUGGCUAUCCGUCGCCGCGUUGGCACUCGUACGGGACCGUUCAUGGUUGGCGUUGAGUGAAAAGUGGAACGAUGUAAGGACACCAAGUAGGGAACCGAUAACCUUGUGUGAGAAUCACGACGACGGUACCACACCGGCACAGGUGUUCUGUUCGGAUUGCGAAUGUGCAUUGUGUCGUGAAUGUUUCUCCGUGAUGCAUCUGCAUAAGAGAAAUCGUUCUCAUCGGGUAACUUCGUUAGCCCCACCACCUGCUCGAUUGGAAGAGAUCGAUAUUCAUCAGGGAUGUGCUCGGAUGCGGGUGGCCAAUCUUUUGAUUCUUUUCCAUGGCGAGUCAUUAAACGGUCUCGUAGAACUGCCUGCUGACCCAUUCGCAAUUUUCACGAAUGCGACAAACAUCACCGCCGGGCGAUCGACACCGUCUGCCUGUAGGUUCUGUGGUAACGCGCUCGACCCGCAUAAUCAGCUAAUGGGAGUCUGCUCGCAUCCGGAUUGUGUCCGUUUUUCGGCAACGGCCUGCUGCCGUAACUUACCGUGUGGACAUCCAUGUGGAGGUAUUGCCGGCGAAAAGGAAUGUCUGCCAUGUCUCAUGUGCGACAAUGAAGAUGCAGCCCAAGAUGGUGACGAUGUGUGCGUCGUGUGCUUUACGGAUCGCCUUUGUGCAGCACCCUGUAUACGUCUUGGCUGUGGACACCUUUUGCACUAUCAUUGCGUACGGGCAGUUCUCGAAAAACGUUGGCCUGGUCCGAGGAUUCAGUUCCGCUUCCUGAAUUGUCCCCUGUGUAACGUGCAGGUGAGUUUCAGAGUUUGGGUUGUAGCGGAUACGGUCGUCAGCAGAGGUUGCCCAAAAAGCGAACAUUACUUCGGUCGUCCGGAAGAGUACGCCAUGGAUCGGUACAUGUAUGUGCUGUGUAAUAUUUGCCAGAAGGCGUACUUUGGUGGCGAGAGUCGAUGUCAAAUGGCUCUCCAGUCAUUCCAAUACAAUGCCGCUGAACUGGUAUGUGGUGGCUGCUCGGCUCCGGCGGGUACGGAGGUGUGUGGUCGUCACGGAGCGGAGUAUCUCGAGUAUAAGUGCCGUUAUUGCUGUUCAAUCGCCGUUUAUUUUUGCUUCGGUACAACUCACUUCUGUGCCGCUUGCCAUGAUGAUUUCCAACGACUCGUAUGUCUGCCUCGAAAUCAAUUUCCACCAUGUCCUACUGGUCCCCGAGCAACACCGGGUGAAGGUCCAUGUCCUUUGCGACGACCACAUCCACCGGCUGGCGAAGAAUUCGCUCUUGGCUGUGGUAUUUGCAGGAAUAUCAGCACUUUCUAG